UUUUGAGGUCGGUAGUUCAACUCCUUGCCCUAGCUAUUGCAAAACGCAUUUGGACUGACGCCCACUGCUGCUGCUGCUCUCGGGUCUUCUUCCUCCUCCUCUUUACACUUCGGGCUUCAGUUUUGGAAUAGAAGAUCAAUUUGGGAUUUUUGUGAAUUAGAGAGGAUUCGGAUGGUUGAGACUUGAGACAGAAGCAGUUGUUCGAAGAUGGGUUGCAUUAAUCUUGAUGAAGUAUAAUGACUAUGAUGGUGCUAAGAAAAAGCUAAUUGAAGCACAAACAUCGUAUCCAGGACUUGAAUAUGUUGAUGAAUUGAUAAAAUUAUGUGACAUAGCAAUUACAGCUAAGUCUCAAGGGAGUGGAAUUGAUUGGUACUCGGUUCUCGACAUUAGCAAGACAGCCAAUGUGUCUGACAUAGAGUUUAAGUUCAUGGAGCUGAUGAGAACUUUGGAACCGGUUAAGAACAAGUUUCCGGAAAUUCAAUCAGCUUUGCGUCUCAUCGAAAAAGCUUAUAGCGAGUUUGAAACGAGAAAAGCUGCAAGCUUGGUUCCUUGUGGUUCUGUGAAGCCACUAGACAUAGCGCAUUCAGAAACCGUGAAUAUUGAUAGCGGAGCUACUUCACAAAGUUCUUCUGGGAGUAAGAGAAUUGUCAGCGAGGAUUCAGAUAAUAACAGUCUAAUAUGCAAUACAGGGGAGCAGCCUUUGAAGAGGGUAAGAAGUUUGGGUGGGAAUGAUUGUGAAUUUAUAGCUGAGACCCAAUCGUUCCAUAAACACCUAGGAAAAAUUUGCGGCCAAGAAGCGAGCUCGGAUAAUGCUAUAAACAAGACCAGGGUAAAUGAAACGGAAGGAUCUGAGAACCUUAUGAAAGCCAUGGUUCACAAGGAACCUGCUCUAGCAACUCAAAAUGUCAAGAAACUCAUUACUUAUUCACGGCGUAGACAUCUAUCACCAAGAACAUGUGAAGCAAAAAAGAGUCAGGUUGAUGGAACAUCAAAAGAUGAAAACACAUCUUCAGAUAAUUUGGAAAUGGAUAGGUCAUCCAGCGAGAACGUAGUCAAUCUAACUGCAAAGAAUGACGGAGAAAAAGUGGCGGAAGAGAUUGAUUUGGAGAAUGAUGGAUUCAGUUUGGAGAAUGAUUGUGAAUUUGUUUCUGAGACCCAAUCACUCAGUAAACUCACAGGGAAAGUUUGUGGUGAGGAAGUGACCUCGGAUAUUGCUAAAUGCAGUACUAGAUCAAAUGAAGUGGAAGGAUCUUUAGGAAGAUUUUCUGGGAGCGGUGUGAAAUCCAUAGUAUGCAACUAUAAAAAGGAUGGUGCAUUUGCUGUUGGUCAGUGUUUGGCUGUUUAUGAUCAAGAAAAAAUGCCUCGGUUGUAUGCUAAAAUUACUAGAAUAGAACAUCGCUAUAAGAAGGAAACAAAUAGCUCAGAAGAAGUACUGUAUUUUAGGUGGCUGAGGCCUGCUCCUGUUAACGCAGAUGAGAGAAAAUGGCAUGAGGCGGGUUUGCCUGUUUCUUGCGGGUUCUUUAAGAUGGAUGGUUAUAAGAUAGACAAAUGUGACAAGGUGGUUUUCUCACAUUUGGUCUCAUCGUUUCAAGAAUAUCGUUAUUCAGAAGAACUGGUUGAACUUUAUCCACAAGCAGGUGAAGUAUGGGCAAUUUACAAAGAUUGGAAACCAUUUGAUUGGUGCUCGGAUCCUAAAACAGGAAAAGGAUGCAAGUUCCUGCUCGUGGAAAUUCUCAGUGAUUACUCGAUCGCAACUGGUGUUAAGGUUGCACCAAUGGUAAAGGUGGCAGGGUAUAAAGCCAUCUUUCAAAGGAGUAGCUUCUCUUAUCAAAUUGCUGCUCGCAAUUUGUUUGGGUUUUCUCACAAUAUCCCGGUUAGGUCCGCAGGUGACAUGAAGGGUCUAUUUGCAGGUAGUGUAUUUGAUCUCAACCGGUUGUCAAUACCUAAGGAUGUUGUUGUUGGUACAGUUGCUGCAAAAUUCAGUAAUGGUUCCAGCAUUAGGCAUCAAAAUCCUGGGUUUCCUCGUACAUCUUCAGUGCCGAAUCCCGAAAUCAAUACAGGGAAUCAGUAUGCAGGGUAUGUUGCUCCUGGGAAUCAAAAUGUCAAACAGCACAGUACAACUUCAAGGCUAAGACUUCUUUCACCAAAAUCAUGUGAAGUUAAUAAGAGUCAGGCUGAUGGAACAUCAAAAGGUUGCACCACAUCUUCAAAUAAUUUGGAAUUGGAUGGGUCAUCAAGACAGAACGUACGCAAUCUAACCGCAAAGAAUGACGAAGAGAAGUUGGCAGGAAAAGUUUCUGGCCAAGUGAGCUCGGGUACUGCUAAACACAGGAGUACCGAUAUUCAAAAAGAACUCGUUCAACUUUAUCCACAAGCAGGUGAAGUAUGGGCAGUUUAUAAAGAUUGGAAACCAUUUGGUUGGUGCUCGGAUCCUAAAACAAGAAAAGAAUGCAAGUUCCUGCUCGUAGAAAUUCUCACUGAUCACUCCCCAGCAGCUGGUGUUAAGGUUGCAUCACUAGGAAAGGUGGCAGGGUAUAGUACCAUCUUUCGGAGGAGUGGCCAGUCUUAUCAUAUUGCUGCUAGCAAAUUGCUUGGGUUUUCUCAUAAUCUCCCAGUUAGGUCCACCGGUGACAUGAAGGGUUUAUUUGCAGGUACGGUACUUGAUCUCGACCCAUUAUCAAUACCUAAGGAUGUUGUUGUUGAUACAGUUGCUGCAGAAUUCAGCUACAGUUCCAGGAUUAAGCACCAGAAUUCUACAUCUGCUCCUAUAACUUCAAUGUAGAACCUGAUCCAACUCCAACAAUGACAUUCUAUUUCUUUCCGAAGCACAGAAAACUUGAAGAAAAAGAAAAUGUCAGACAUUAUGGCAAAUGCAAUGAGUUUGUCAGUUUCUCUUCUAUCAGUGUCUUUUGGGUUGUAGUUCUUUUGUUUUCUGACGAUAGUUGUCCUUUAAAUCAAAUGUGAAAAUUAGCUCUACUUGUGAACUGACUAUGAAAUUCCAACCAAAAGAAAACUUG